AUGAUAUUUCUUUCAUUAAAAUCAAUUCUCUUACAGUAUGGUCUUCCAACAGUAUGUUCCGCUGAUACUACAAAUUGGCCACAGUUAAUAUUAACAUGUCCAAAUGGCACUAGUCUAGAUGAAUUACCUUUUUUAUCAAUUAGUAUGUCAUGGUUAAGACAAUUCACUAGCUUUCUUGCUCAAGGUGAAAAUCAUACUCGCGGACCAUUUACUUCUAUUCCAUCAAACAUAUGUUGGAUGUCAAAUUUAACUAUCCUAAAUUUAACUUACAAUCAAAUUAGAAAUACAAUUAACGUUUCUAAUAUUCUCAAUUGUCUGACUAACUGGAAAACAGUCGAUUUAAGCCAUAAUUAUUUGACAAUAUUUCCAAGUACAUUGUUUACCUCGAGUCGAUUAGAUUCCGUUUAUUUAAAUGACAAUCAAUUGAGUUCCUUCGAUUUAUCUGUUCUUGCACUUGUUCAAAGAACAGUGGAUAUAAGAAGAAAUCAAAUUACAUCAAUUAUUAAUCCUACUAAUUACAAUAUAUCGUUAGAUCUUCAAACUGGUAAUACUGAAGUGCUACUUGACGGUAACUUCAUGCUUCAAUUUAAUGAUGCAAUCUAUGAAAUGUAUGGAUCUUGUGAAGAAGUUCAACUAGCUUUCACAAACACUCUUAAUCGUCCAACAUCAUUAACUUUUGGCCUGAUAAACAUUGAUUUUGGUACAACACCAGUGUAUUGCAGUUGUGAUCAAUAUUAUAUCUUAGAAAUGCUCAAAAUUGCUUUCGGUAUUCCAAUUUCCGGCCGCAUCUCGACUUUAGUAUGCGCUAAUGAACCGGUGAACUUUGUUAACUAUAUUUGUUUACUUGGCUAUUCCACAGUCAAUUUCACACAAGUACAACCUCGCUUAUGUACACUUGCUGACUGGAAUGUAACAACAACCACAUUAACGACAUCCACAGCGUCAACAACAACAUCAUCAAUAACUACAGCGUCAAACACAACAAUAUCCACACGUUUGUCUACAUCAACAACUACAACAUCUGUCACAAUAACAUUCUCAUCUUCUUCCACAUCCUCCACAGCCACCUCAGAAAUAAACACGACAUCCGAAACAACAACAUCCACACCUUCGCCUACAUCCACAACAGCUACAUUAUCAACAACUAUUGCAUUUGCAACAACGACAUUCACAUCUUCUUCAACAUCGUCAACAGCGUCAUUAUCGGCAACUACAACGCCAGAAACAACAACUUCCCCACCUUCGUCUACAUCAACAACUGCAGCAUCAGAAACAACAACAUUCACAUCUUCUUCAACAUCGUCGAUAGCCACAUCAUCAACAACCACGACAUCGGAAACAACAACAUCCACACCUUCGCCUACAUCAACAACAGUCACAUUAUCAACAACUACAGCAUCUGUAACAACAACAUUCACAUCUUCUUCAACUACGUCAACAGCACCAUUAUCAGCAACUACAACGCCAGAAACAACAACUUCCCCACCUUCGUCUACAUCAACAAGUGCAGCAUCAAAACCGACAACAUUCACAUCUUCCUCAACAUCGUCCACACCAAUAUCAUCAACAACAACCACAUCGGAAACAACAACAUCGACACCUUCGUCUACAUCAACAACCACAACAACUGUCACAACAACAUUCUCAUCUCCUUCCACAUCGUCCACAGCCACCUCACCAAUAACCACGAUAUCGGAAACAACAACACCCACACCUUCGCCCACAUCAACAACAGCUACAUUAUCAACAACUACAGCAUUUGCAACAACGACAUUCACAUUUUCUUCAACAUCGUCAACAGCGCCAUUAUCGGCAACUACAACACCAGAAACAACCACUUCCCCACAUUCGUCUACAUCAACAAGUGCAGCAUCAAAACCGACAACAUUCACAUCUUCUUCAACAUCGUCCACAUCCGCCUCAUCAAUGACGGCGGUAUCCGAAACAACAACCUCCACACCUCCAUCAACAUCAACAACAGUCACAUUAUCCGAAACUACAGCGCUAGAAACAACAACAUUCACACUUCCCUCAACAUCGUCGACAACCAUAUCAUCAACAACCACGACAUCGGAAACAACAGCCUCCACAUUUUCCUCUACAGCAACAACUGUAGCAUCAGAAACAACAACAUCCACAUCGUCGUCAACAUCGUCAAAAGGCACAUCAUCAACGACGACCAUAUCGGAAACUACAACCUCCACAUCGUCGCCUAUAUCAAUAACAGCUACAUUAUCACCAACUACAGCAUCUAUAAUAACAACAUUCACAUCUUCUUCCACAUCAGCGACAGCCACAUCUUCAAUAACCACGACAUCGGAAACAACAACAUCCACAACACCAUCUACAUCAACAACAACCACAUUGUCAACAACCGCACCAUCAGGAACAACAAUAUUCACAUCUUCUUCCACAUCAUCAACAACCACGACACCCGAAACAACAACGUCCACAUCUUCAUCCACAUCAAGAACAGUUAUAUUAUCAACAACUCUAGGAUCAGAAACAACAACCUCCACACCUUCCUCAACAUCAACAACAGUCACAUUAUCAACGACCACAGCAUCCGAAACAACAACAUCCACAACACCAUCUACAUCAACAACAGCCACAUUAUCAACAACUACAGCAUCUAUAACAACAACAUCCACAACACCAUCUACAUCAACAACAGCCACAUUAUCAACAACUACAGCAUCUAUAACAACAACAUUCACAUCGUCGUCAACAUCAUCAACAGGCGCAUCAUCAACGACGACUAUAUCGGAAACUACAACCUCCACAUCUUCGCCUAUAUCGACAACAGUCACAUUAUCAACAGCUGCAGCAUCAGGAACAACAACAUUCACAUCUUCUUCAACAUCAUCGACAGCCACAUCAUCAACAACCACGACAUCGGAAACGACAACAUCCACAUCUUCGUCGACAUCAAGAACAGUUAUAUUAUCAACAACUGUAGGAUCAGAAACAACAACCUCCACACCUUCCUCAACAUCAACGACAGUCACAUUAUCAACGACUACAGCAUCGGAAACAACAACAUCCACAACACCAUCUACAUCAACAACAGCCACAUUAUCAACAACGGCAGCAUCAGGAACAACAACAUUCACAUCUUCUUCAACAUCGUCGACAGCCACAUUUUCAAUAACCACGGCAUCGGAAACAACAACAUCCACAUCUUCGUCUACACCAGGAACAGUUAUAUUAUCAACAACUGGAGGAUCAGAAGCAACAGCCUCCACAUCUUCCUCAACAUCAACAACAGCCACAUUAUCAACAACUACAGCAUCCAUAACAACAACAUUCACAUCUUCUUCAACAUCAUCGACAGCCACAUCUUCAAUAACCACGACAUCGGAAACAACAACAUCCACAUCUUCGUCUACAUCAGGAACAGUUAUAUUAUCAACAACUGUAGCAUCAGAAACAACAACCUCCACACCUUCCUCAACAUCAACGACAGUCACAUUAUCAACGACUACAGCAUCGGAAACAACAACAUCCACAACACCAUCUACAUCAUCAGCAGCCACAUUAUCAACAACGGCAGCAUCAGGAACAACAACAUUCACAUCUUCUUCAACAUCAUCGACAGCCACAUCAUCAACAACCACGACAUCGGAAACAACAACAUCCACAUCUUCGUCUACACCAGGAACAGUCACAUUAUCAACAACUGUAGUAUCAGAAGCAACAGCCUCCACAUCUUCCUCAACAUCAACAACAGCCACAUUAUCAACAACAGCCACAUUAUCAACAACGGCAGCAUCAGGAACAACAACAUUCACACCCUCUUCAACAUCGUCGAGAGCCACAUCUUCAACAACCACGACAUCGGAAACAACAACAUCCACAUCUUCGUCUACACCAGGAACAGUUAUAUUAUCAACAACUGUAGCAUCAGCAGCAACAACCUCCACAUCUUCCUCAACAUCAACAACAGCCACAUUAUCAACGACCACAGCAUCCGAAACAACAACAUCCACAGCAUCGUCUACAUCAACAACAGCCACAUUAUCAACAACUGUAGCAUCAGGAACAACAACAUUUACAUCUUCUUCAACAUCAUCGACAGCCACAUCUUCAACAACCACGACAUCGGAAACAACAACAUCCACAUCUUCGUCCACAUCAAGAACAGUUAUAUUAUCAACAACUGUAGGAUCAGAAACAACAACCUCCACACCUUCCUCAACAUCAACAACAGUCACAUUAUCAACGACCACAGCAUCCGAAACAACAACACCCACAACACCAUCUACAUCAACAACAGCCACAUUAUCACCAACUACAGCAUCUAUAACAACAACAUUCACAUCGUCGUCAACAUCGUCAACAGGCACAUCAUCAACGACGACUAUAUCGGAAACUACAACCUCCACAUCUUCGCCUAUAUCGACAACAGCCACAUUAUCAACAGCUGCAGCAUCAGGAACAACAACAUUCACAUCUUCUUCAACAUCAUCGACAGCCACAUCAUCAACAACCACGACAUCGGAAACAACAACAUCCACAUCUUCGUCUACACCAGCAACAGUUAUAUUAUCAACAACUGUAGCAUCAGCAGCAACAACCUCCACAUCUUCCUCAACAUCAACAACAACCACAUUAUCAACGACCACAGCAUCCGAAACAACAACAUCCACAGCAUCGUCUACAUCAACAACAGCCACAUUAUCGACAACUGUAGCAUCAGGAACAACAACAUUUACAUCUUCUUCAACAUCAUCGACAGCCACAUCUUCAACAACCACGACAUCGGAAACAACAACAUCCACAUCUUCGUCCACAUCAAGAACAGUUAUAUUAUCAACAACUGUAGGAUCAGAAACAACAACCUCCACACCUUCCUCAACAUCAACAACAGUCACAUUAUCAACGACCACAGCAUCCGAAACAACAACAUCCACAACAUCGUCUACAUCAACAACAGUCACAUUAUCAACAACUACAGCAUCUGUAACAACAACAUUCACAUUUUCUUCAACAUCAUUGACAGCCACAUCAUCAACAACCAUGACAUUGGAAACAACAACAUCCACAUCUUCGUCUACCGCGAACACUGCCCCCACCUCAUUUGUAUCCACAGCAGCCACAGCCACAAUAUCGAAAACAACGACGUCCACAGUUUCGUCUACAACGAUAACAGGCACAUCGUCAACAAGUACAACUUCGUCUGAUUCAACAGUAGCGACAUCAUCAAGAACUACGACAUCGGAAAUAGAAACAUCCACAUCUGCGUCUACGUCCACCAACGUGGCAUCAGCAAGAACCACCACAUCAGAAUCAACGACAACUUCCACAACUUCGUCUGCAUCGGCAACAGCCACAUUGGCUACAACGACCAGAUCGGAAACAACAACACCCGCAUCCAUUACUUCAAUUCCUGCUGUGAAUGUUUCAACGUGUUUUUCGACUUUUACCAUUAGUAAUACAAAUCUUUUGUUGUCAUGUUCAUCGAAUGGGAAUGUAUCAUUACUUCCGAUUAAUAAUUACACAGUAACGAGUUUGAGCCGUAUUACAUCAUUGAGUAUACAAGGAUAUAAUGGUGCUCGUGGACCUCUGCAAACUAUUCCACCAAAUGUUUGUUUUUUGACAAAUUUACAAGUGUUAAAUAUUUCAUUCAAUCGUAUUAGUUAUCUUGACUCAGUAUUGCUUUCAUCAAGUCCAUCUUGUCUACAAGCUUUACAAACGCUAGAUAUGAGUAACAAUUUUUUAAAUGAAUAUCCAUCCUUAUUUUUAUCAAAAACCAUGAAUAUGCAACGUUUUUUCUUACGAAAUAAUCAAUUGGAAUCGUUCGAUCUUGGAUCAGUUGUACUUGUUUCCGAAUCUAUCGAUUUAUCUAAUAAUCUGAUAUCGAAAAUAACAAAUAAUGCUAAUAUUAAUAUCUCAACAUAUAACUAUUCACCUGGUCCAUCUAUUGAUUUAACAAAUAAUAGUGGAAUCAUUGACUUAACAGAUACUAUUUAUGAAAUGUAUGGUGCUUGUUAUGAAAUUCAACAAAUAUUAAAUGCAAGUGUUAUUCCUUUAAGAGUUCCCAUUUUAACAGUCAGUUUCUUUAAUAUCAACUUUGGUACAUCAAAAAUCAACUGUACUUGUAAUCAAUAUUAUUUACAAAGAAGUUUGUUAUAUUCAUUAGGUAAUAGUCAGUCUCCAACGUAUCCUUUAUCCAAUACUAAGUGUACGGAUCAAACAUUAUUCUAUAAUAAUUCAAAUACUGCAGCUUGUUCUACGUCAUCAGCUAUUUUUACAAAUACGAUACCACGUCUUUGUAAAAUAAAUCAAAACAAUGGUAAUAUAGUAUUAGUUAAUACAACUGAUAAUAGUACUCGAAUAUAUCCGUAUUAUCUAACUCAAACUAUGAAUAAUAGCUAUUGUCUGUUUACAUUUUAUACUGGUGGAGAGCGAGCUUCAAUUGAUUGUAUUAAUGAAUCAAGUACACUUAGUGAAAUUUCAACAAUGAUUCUUAAUAAUGCUUAUUUUAAAAAUAUAACAAAAUUUCAAUUAAUAAUCAAAAUUCAUUAUCUCAAUUACCGUACUACAUUUCCCUGUUCAUCAAAUACUACCGUUCAAAAUAUCAAUCUUGCCUAUAAUAAAAUUAACACUGUUGGUUUGACAUUAUCCAAUUGGCUAUUGAUUGAUCUAACAUCAAAUAAUCUAACACAAUUACCAUAUAGUCUUUUACGUUCAAAUCAAAAUUCAAUCUCAAGUAGACAAUUAUCAAAACGAACUCUUCUUUUAUCAUCAAAUCAAUUAUAUCAAUUUGAUUUAUUUGCUUAUACAUAUGCAGAUACAUAUAUUAAUUUAGAAAAUAAUCCAUUUUUCAUACCUAUUAAUGGCUAUCAUACCAUUAAUAAUUAUGAAAAACAGUCUUUACUUAAUGGACCAAUUUCAACAAGUGUUAUUCUAACAAAUCAAAUGCGUUUUCUUUUUAAUGAUCAAAUAGCACAAAAUUAUAAUGCAUGUGAAAGUAAAUCAUUAAAUUACCUUAUUGACAUAUUUGAACGUAUAAAAACUAAUAAUAGUACAGUAGAAAUCGAAUGUCAAUGUUCCUCGAUAUAUAUCAAAGAAUAUUUUCGUUUAUAUAAUUCAUCAGGAAAGAUUACAAAUCGAUUUUCAUGUAGUAAUAUAUCAAGUUUAACAGUAACACAGUUUGAAGCUUUAACUGAAACAGAUUGUUUAUCAAAUAUAACAUUAUCAUCAAGUGGACUUUGUCAAUUUGCAAGAUUAGAAAGUACUCCUCUUUCUAAUAAUCUUACUGCAACGGAUAAUGGUCGAGUUUUAGCCAUAAUUCUUGGUUCUGUUCUUGGUUCUGUAGGUUUUCUAUUCUUAAUUAUACUUAUUAUUGGUUGUAUUUACUAUGCACGUAAAUCAUCAACAAAAAAAACUCGAAUAUCAAAAUUAUCAAACAUUCAAGAUAUAGAUAAUACUCGUCAUGACGAACGUGUACAAACAACAAAUAUUCAUUCGCCAUAUAAUUUAUCGUCAGUUGAUAAUCGACCUACAUCUCGAUUAGAAAAUAUUCAUGAUACAAGAGAUCAUGCACGAAUGCAAACGUCACGUAGAACAGCAAAUCAACGUAGAUCAUCGUAUUAUAUUGCUUCAACUGAUUUAUCACAAGUAGAAGAUAAUCGUCGUCAAAAGCGACGACGACCAAAAGAACCUCCAAUUGAUUAUGAUCUAACUUAA